AUGUCCAGAUCCAACCCCGGACAUUUUCAAUUAUGGGAUACCGCUGGAGCUGUUAAGAAUGUCGCAAUGGGUCAAGCCCAGUUCCUUGAUUUCCGAGAAAAAGACGCUAUUGGGACCAAAGAUCUUGGGUCAUGCUCUGUCGUGGUCAUUGCAUCUGCGCAUGGUGCAAUACUCGCACACAUUCCUCCACAUCCACAAGCAACGAUUAACCCAACAAGUGGUGAUGCCAAUGUUCAACUUAUGAUGAACCAGGUCGGCACGCUAUAUCGGGAUAAACGACAAUUUUUCCCUUCUGCCGAAACGAUCGUUAUAUGUGCAGUAUUCCAAGGACAAGUUGCCCUGCCAAGCCAGCUCGAUAUCAUGCAAAUGAGUCUAAUUGGACUUGGGCUGACCACUAAAAUAAUUUCCUACGAGGUGCCCGGAAACUCUACAAUUGUGGGGAAGGGGACAGUCAUUGUGAUUAAAAAGCGUGAUUAUGUGAAGCCAAAGAUCCUGGUGGAGGAUCGUCACGUGAAUUUAUGA